UGUUUACGACUGCGAGCAUUUCUUCCUGCGAGAUGAUACGUAUUUCAUUUUCGUUGUGUUAAGUCGACGAGCAUCCGCCAUUGCCAGUCCCAACGCUGCAAUAGCAACACUGCGUCGUCUCCACAACCUCAGCUCCGCGCACAGUUUGCUACCAAGCUCUAGAAUGGGACGAUUGCUAUCCAGCGAUCGCGUAUCUCAUUUACCACACGCGACAUCGUUGGCGAUUCCUCAAUUUCUUUCACAGCAGUAGCAUUAGCUAGGGUUGUUCGUUUUGCUCUUUCUUUUGCCAUGGCCGUGGAUUUGUAGUUGCUACUUCUCUCUCUCUCUCUCUCUCUUUUUUUUUUUUUUUUUUUUUUUUUUUCUGUUCUUGUGUUGCCAUGGACGUCGACUUCGAAUGCCGCAACUACAGGUUGCGCAUGGGUUUGCCCGAACUCUCUCAGCCUUUCUUUGGCUCUUGGCUUUCUCCCGAUUCGGCUUCGUCUGAUUUUACUUCAGCAUCAGUUUCGCCUUCCUUCCCCUUCGAUCUCGAUUCCGCUCCUUCGUGCUACUCUUAUUCACUCCCGCUAUUGCCUGUACCCGCGGAUUCCAACACCAAUGAGUCGCACACUGCCAUCGAAACCGAUACUCUGUGUCAUAGAAACCAAAUCGAGACUCAAAAUAGCGGCAAUUCCCACAAUCAUGAAGAUCGAGGUCAGGAAUUUGAAUGUCGGAGUGAGAAUUCAGAAAUCGAUAUUUCGAACCUUUGGCUCCAGGCGGGGAGUUUUAGCGAAGGUCGGCCAAGGCAAUCGGAUUGGGAAGUCACUCACUUGCGUGAGGAAAGGCUUGGAACCAAGACUUCUCUUGCAAUUGCCGGAAAGAUCGAAUGUGGAAGUGAGACCAGGGAAAACACAGAUGUUAUUUUUAAUCCUUCCAACGUUGAAAAAGAGGAAUCGUCAUCCGCACAUUAUAACUUCGAUUCAAUCCAGGAGUCGGACUUGGUGAGAGCUGCCCUUCGUGCCUUGCAAGGGGUUCCUACUGCGGUGAGCUGGCUAGAGCAACUUGCUGCGGCUUUCUCCUCGACAGCAGCAGACAGAAGCUCGGAGAGAUUCACAUCACUUUGGACACGGUCAUCAAGCUCGUGUUCACUCAGCAAAGUUCUAACAGAAUUUGCUAAGGCUGGACGUGUUGCUUGCCAGCUAGAUUUUUUCACCAGCUUUUUUUUGAAUCAGCAGGCGGAUCAACACAUGGAUGGGAGAAAUGGAACGCAGAAUCCACUUGCCGGGGAUUCCAGCAGGAAAAAACGUAAGCGUCAAAAUUUUAUGACAGAGAGAAAUAGUGAUUCACUUUUGAACACUCCAUCAGAAAUAUGGGAGGAUGUAGGAGGGCCGAAUGUUUCAUCUCACUGUCAUACCAAUCAAGCUUUCGCGGCAGCUGUGAAAACUUUUAUGCAAGGCCAUUUAGCUUCGCUUGAUAUGAUAGGAGCAUCUGUCAAGAAUCGGCGAUGGAAUGCAUCGGGUGGGUCGAGUGUACAUAUGUCAAAGGCUGGGAAUGGAGAAGCAGGGCUUGUCUUCGGUUUUGGUUGUGGUGAUGUUACUCUGUUGGAGUUAUUCCUUCACUCACACAAGCAACGAGAGCAGUUGCAGGCUCUUGCAGCAUUGUGCAGGAUUAAUGAAGGAGCCUCUUUAGAUAGGUCUUCUGAAAACAUUUGGAACGAAACUAGGGUUGUGAAUGACUUGGCGUUUGAGAUGGAAACUCAUUUAUUUAGUGCCUCCAGAAAUGCUUUCAAAGAAUUUCCACGCGGAGCAGAAUUGCUGAGUUACCUUUUCAACAAGCUUUUGGUUGCUGACACACUCCACUUGGAGCUUACGCGGUUUUUGUUCGAGCGGGCAUGUCAGCCUUACAUAGUGUUUAUACGUUCCUGGCUGUACCUUGCUUCUGUGCAAGACCCUUUUGGUGAAUUUUUUGUAAAGGCGCUCCCUUCAACAGCUUUAAAGAAGACUUUAGGGAAAUCAUUUGAACAGGAUGCUCUGUUAUCAUAUCAGGUUUCUAAAGGAGUGAAAGUACCAUGUUUUUUGGAAGAAGUCUGCACACCCUUGCUACGAGCUGGGCAACAACUCCAAGUUUUAUCCAAGCUUCUUGAUAUCCCGUCUGCCUCAAAGAUAGUUGAUUCCCCAUUUGAAUCAUCAGGCAGGCUUCAAGACACUUCGUUAGCCUCCUCGAGUUGGGCUGAUACCCGAAUUGAUAAGGGUACUAUUGACCGCCUGAUGCCUAUUUCCAGCAAAAAGGGAAGACAGGGUAAUGCUCAACAGCCGAAGAGGUCCAGUAAAAUUUUUGAAGGGUUUUACGAUGCUUCUCUUGUUGGAGUGGUUGAAUUUCGUCCACCUCAGCAAGAAACAGAAAGCUUCCGAGAAGCAAGAUCAUCAAGUCGAUUCUGGCUUACCGCUGCAGAAGAUAGGUCUGAACAAAAGCCCUGGACUACGAAGAAAAAGCAAGAGGUCAAUGUCGACAUCUAUCAGGGGUGUAUGGCAAGGGCUGCUUUGUGGAGAGCAGAAACUGUAGAUGAGAUUCCAGGCGGUUCUUCAUCAAGUCCAGAAAGCACACAGUCUCUUAUGCUGACACCUAGUUUAUUGACAGAUGUAAAUAAGCAGGCUCAUGUGGGCCAGUUCUUGAAAUCCAGACCACUAAAUCAAGUUUGUUUGAAGCCUGAACAUGAUGCCUCGUACAUUUCGGAAUUUCAAAGGGGCACAAGCUGGCCUGUUCUAGGCCUUCCCAAAAACCCUUUCCGUUGUUGCAGAGAUGAAGGAGAUAACUCUUUAAGCUACGUUUAUACUAUUUUUCCUGAUAACAAUGGCUGUUGGGAUGUGAACGUACACUGGAGGGAUCCUUACUCUGUCGCCAGGGUACAGGCAGAACAAGAGUGUCAUUCAUCAGAAUCGCAGUUUGUAUCAGACGACCAGAAAGUUGACGGCGAUCACCCUUUUUGGUUGAAAAAUUUGGAAGAUUAUUUGAGCACACAGCUUACGCAGGGGUUAGACGAGCAGAUUUUUCAGGCAGAUUAUGACAGUCUAGGGUAUCAGCUUGAGAAAGAGGAUGAUCACCAAAGUGCCUAUAGUUUUGAUUUUCAGCCAGGCGGUUGCAGUGUGAGUAUGCAGAGACCUAAUAUACCGCAACGAAAUAUAGGGAGGCGUCUGCAACCGAAUUCUUUUCAGCUCUUAUCUUCUGCUGAAGGCGAUGUUUUCGGGAAUCAUAUAUAUUUUUCGAAAAUUGGUCUUUUGGAGGCCGAAGAUGGAGAGAGCUUGGUGACUCUGAAAGUGGAUGCACUGAAUCCUACGCCUGUAUUGGGCUCCGAGGUGUCAGGCCUUGAUGGAGUAAAACCAUCGUCGAAGGAACGACCUCCCGAAGGUGCGCAAAUCAUUCCAGGUGCGAGUCAUGCAGGACCUGGAUCCAAGUGGGAAUCCUAUCUUCAAUCCGAAUACCAGCAAGUUAUGGGUAUGGGAGUUUUUUCCCACGCUCCUUCAUUCGAAGAGGAUGAAGAUGAUGCCGAGGAGAUUCCUCUCUCUGUUGCAGUCAAGCUCUGGAUAGAGGAAGAGAUUUUGAACCAAUACAAGCGCACAAGUACGUUGACAAUACGACUCCUCCAGGAGAGCUUGCAUCUUCAAGAUCACUUCAGCGCUCUUCGGCGAUAUCAUUUUAUGGAGAGAGGCGAUUGGGCCGAGUAUUUCUUAGGUGCACUUUGUAAAUAUGAAUGGAAUCGUAUAGGUGGUGAACCACAGUUACUGGAGGUACAAAGUAUGUUGCGAACUGCUUUGCAGAAUUCAUCAUGUGAUGGAGAUGAGUUUGCAGAUAGACUCUUUAUUGUGCAGAGCGGGUUUGAUGUCUACAAUCAGGGCUUGCGGAAUCCGUUUUUAGCAUUCUCCAAGCACCAUCAUACUCUUGGCACAUUUGUGGAUUGUAACAAAAUUGAAGCAUUCGACUUCAUAAAAGUGGGGUACAAGGUAGAAUGGCCACUAUGUUUAAUCAUCACGCCAAGUGCUGUAAGUCGAUACAGUUCGAUCUUCACAUUUCUGUUGCGCAUGAAAUUCACAAUUUCUGCUCUAGCUGACGUGUGGCGCAACCUUCAGGUAAUAGGUAGCUCCCUCAACAAGGCCAGACGGUCCUCAGAUUAUCAAGCACAAAAUAAGAAGUUUCGAGCUCUCCAACUUUUUAGGCAACAGAUCGGACAUGUUGUGACUACUUUACAACGCUUCACAGAGUCUCAAAUCCUUCAUUCUAUUUGGAGCAAAUUUCUUUACUCUGUUGAAAAUGAGGUUAAUGAUAUUCAGGACUUGGAGAAGGUGCACUCAGUUUACCUAAAUGAUGCCUAUCAUCAGUGCUUUUUAUCGAAGGAUAUGGAAGACGCGAAAACUUGCAUUGACGUUAUCAUGCAAUGCACUUUGGAUUUUCGCAAUACUUUGAUUUCAGCCAAUCUCGACCGCAGCGGAGACUCUGUGCCAGUUAACGAUGAUGUAUUUCACAAGGUGCUUGAAGUUAAAUCUGUAUUCGAAGUGCAUGUACGAAAACUGUAUUCUUAUCGACGAAGGUCUGAGCCACAGUACAGUAUAUUGUUGUCGGAUUUUUGGAUGUGUCUUAAUUACAAUGGCUGUUUCAAUCCAUCUGAGCUGGCAAGACGGUGAAGUAGAGUUGACGUUUUCGAAUUUUACAAUGCUCAAGUAAGCUUCAAUCGCAUCAAAGUGGCAGAGUAUCUUAUAUGUGAUUUAAUCAUGUAUUCCACUUUGAAUGCUCCCUUCAGGACUCGUAAUAGCAAUUUCCUUGUUGGGUCCGGGGUUUAUGGCAACAAGCAGCCAUCAGCAAAACAAUAUUCAUGUUUUAAUUGUUAUGAUAGUUAUGAAACAGACCUGGCAGUAGCUAAUCUUGUGUGUGGGAGCUUAUUUAUCAUGACACUCAAAAGGAAUUUCUAGGAUGCGCUCGCGCAGAGGUUUCAGCAAAUGUGUAAUCAAUGUCUCAAUUCUGCUUGGGAUGUAGUAUUCUCUAACCUUGAGAACUCGUUGAACGGAA